CUCCAGUUGAAGUUCGCGGUCGCUGGAUCAACGAUGGCAUUGUCUGCUUCUGCUCUACACUUCUCGGGACACCAGUAUCUGAGACAUCGACUCGUUCUGUCUAUCAUCAGCGGCAAGCCGGUGAAGAUCGACAAGAUACGGCCGGAAGACAAGAAUCCUGGUCUUCGGGACUACGAAGUCAGUUUAUUACGACUGCUGGAGAAAGCUACAAAUGGGACGGUCAUUGAGAUAUCGUAUACCGGUACCGCCGUGCUGCUCAAACCGGGAGUCAUCUCUGGCGGAACCGUUACACAUGAUUGCCCGCUCUCGCGAUCAAUAGGCUAUUUCCUGGAGCCCGUUGUUAUGCUGGCCCCCUUUGCCAAGAGUCCAUUUCAGCUUACGUUGUGCGGUAUCACAACCGACGACAAAGAUCUAUCCGUCGAUCUCAUCAGAACUGUAACACUACCGCACCUCCAGCUAUUCGGGAUCUCGGAUGGCCUUGAGCUUCGAAUCAAGAAGCGUGGAUCACCUCCGGAGGGCGGUGGCGAGAUUCAAUUUCUAUGCCCUAUAGUUAAGCAAGUGAAGACCUUGAAUUUUGUGGAUCCUGGAAAGAUCAAGCGGAUUCGAGGCAUUGCACAUGCAGUUCGCGUGAGCCCGCAGUUCUCCAAUCGCAUGAUUGAUGCGGCAAGAUCGAUCCUGAACCGCUACAUCCCUGAUAUUUAUUUAUACUCCGACGUAUAUAAAGGCCCUGAGAGUGGAAAGUCGCCAGGAUACGCGCUCAGUCUACUAGCCGAGUCCACUACAGGAGCUAUACAUUGCUCGGAAGUUGUCUCGCGACCGGGCGUAGCCCCAGAGGACAUUGCUAUUACCGCAACCCGCGCCCUGCUGUCUGAGAUCCAACGAGGCGGAUGCGUAGAUCGGAAACACCAGACGCUCGUGCUGCUGCUGAUGGUCCUCGGCAGUGAGGAUGUCGGCAGGUGUAGAUUGGGCGAACCUACCCCUCGAACGAUUCAAUUCUUGAGGGAUAUACGGGAUUUUUUCGGCACGUCUUUCAAGAUUAUGCCUGCGAAUCCCUCAGACCCGUCCUCGGGCGAACUACUGUUCUCGUGUUACGGGACUGGUUACACGAAUAUUAAUCGUUCCGUGGCAUAGGCAUCGCGCUGCCAUAUCUUCGAAAGUACCCUAUGUAUCAACUUUUCUGUCAUCUAUGUACAUCAUACCGUGUAUCAUGUAGAGUUUCAGACGUUACGGC